CGACAAUGGAAGUUUCUUCUUCUAUACCCGAACAAGUGCUUCAGCCCCUUCUCCGUGCUUCGUCAUCCAAUCCAUCACACUCUCUAGAACAAUGUUUACAGUUUCUCAUAGAAUCUUCAAAGACCGAUUCUGGCCGCUCAGAUCUGGCGGAUAUUCUUCCAUCGAUCAUCACUCUUCUCCAGCUUCUUCCCUAUCCUUCUUCCCGCCAUCAUCUCAGCCUCUCUCUGAAACUCCUCCGAAACCUAUGCGCCGGAGAGACCAGGAACCAGGAGGCCUUCGUGGAUCACGACGGCUCUCUCGUCGUCUCCGAGCUGCUGGAUUCGGCGAUUGGAGAUGCCGAGACCGUUAGGUUCGGAUUGCAGGUUCUGGCGAACGUUGUAGUGAUGGGAGAGAAUCGCCGGCAGAGCGAUGUGUGGCUCCGGUUUUUCCCGGAGAGGUUUUUGGCUAUUUCUCAAUUAAGGAGGCGUGAAACGUGUGAUCCUCUCUGUAUGAUUUUGUAUGUUUGCGUUGAUGGAAGCAGCAACGAGAUACUUUGCAGCGAUGAUGGACUCAACAUUGUUGCUGAGACUCUAAGGACUUCUUCUUCAGUUGGGUCUGUAGAGGAUUACUGGCUGAAGCUUCUGGUGUCGAGACUCUGUGUUGAAGGAGAUUGCUUCCCUCGCCUCUUUUCCAAAUUAGGCCGCAAGGAGGAAGCUGGGAACGAGAUAUUUACAUCAGAACAAGCUUUUCUUUUGAGGAUGGUGUCUGACAUUGCUAACGAGCGGUUAAAAGAAGUGUCUAUCCCCAAGGAUACAGCUCAUUUUCUUCUUGGUUUACUCAGGAAAUCAGUUGUUGAAGUUUUUGGUUUUGUUUCGGGUGAAAAAACUGAGCUUCCGACGGGUUCAGCUGUUAUCGACGUAAUGGGUUACUCUCUUGUUAUAAUAAGGGACGCUUGCGCUGGAGGAAGCAUCGAAGAACUUAAAAACGAUUCAGGAGGUAGUGGUAAUGUCGAGAUGCUCUUGUCCUCUGGAUUAAUAGAGCUUCUCCUUGAUCUGCUUCGUAGACUUGAGCCUCCAACAACGAUAAAGAAGGCUCUAAAGCAGAGUCCUACUUCUGGAAGGCCUUGUCCUUACAGAGGCUUCAGGAGAGAUAUUGUGGCUGUGAUUGGGAACUGCGCGUACAGACGGAAAGAGGUACAAGAUGAGAUCAGGGAGAGAGAUGGGCUGUUUUUGAUGCUGCAGCAGUGUGUGACGGACGAUGAGAAUCCGUUCUUGAGAGAGUGGGGUUUGUGGUGCGUCAGAAACCUGCUAGAAGGGAACGAAGAGAACCAGAAGGUGGUGGCAGAGUUGGAGAUGCAAGGCUCUGUUGAUGUGCCUCAGCUCCGAGAGAUUGGUCUCAGAGUUGAAAUUGAUCCUGUAACUUCCAGACCAAAGCUUGUCAAUGAUACCACCUGAAGGAAACGUGUUAUUUAUUAAUUGUUAAAUUAGUAUGAUUCAAGUUGUUUUUUGCCCACUCAUGUAUCAUGAUGCUGCUCCGUUAAGUAAUAGCCAGGUUUGGGUUUGGAUCAUCUAAACAAUACACGGUAAGCAGAAACAGCACCACCUUAAUCUUAUUAUUAUAGUAUUUACGCGAGCAAAUGUCUUAGCCUGGUCAGUUAUUGUGUAUAAAGGUUUUAGUUACAUCCCAAAAGAGAAAUGUCCCAAGUGGAGUCGAACAUGAGAUUGUAGCACUACUUUGCGUAUGCUUUAUUUGUGAGAAAGGUUCCUCUAGUACAGGAAACUCUUUGAUUUCCUUUUUAAUAUAUGAUCG